AUGGGAGGGCAGCAUGGGAGGGCAGCAUGGGAGGGCAGCAUGGAAGGGCAGCAUGGGAGGGCAGCAUGGGAGGGCAGCAUGGGAGGGCAGUAUGGGAGGGCAGCAUGGGAGGGCAGUAUGGGAGGGCAGUAUGGGAGGGCAGCAUGGGAGGGCAGCAUGGGAGGGCAGCAUGGGAGGGCAGUAUGGGAGGGCAGCAUGGGAGGGCAGUAUGGGAGGGCAGCAUGGGAGGGCAGCAUGGGAGGGCAGCAUGGGAGGGCAGUAUGGGAGGGCAGUAUGGGAGGGCAGUAUGGGAGGGCAGUAUGGGAGGGCAGUAUGGGAGGGCAGUAUGGGAGGGCAGUAUGGUUCAUAAAGGCAUCGCAUCCCCCCAACCCACCUUUCCAUCCCCACACAACAGCCCUCACCGUGCACCACCUCACCGUGCACCACCUCACCGUGCACCACCUCACCGUGCACCACCUCACCGUGCACCACCUCACCGUGCACUACCUCACCACCCCUGCGCUCUGCACUCCUCCCAUCCGCGCAGCCCGUUGCCCCAAACUGCCCAUACAGCCCCUCCCGUGGGCGCGGGACACCUUUUCGGGCAGCACGCAGUCGAAGCGUACAGCUCCCAAUUCCCCCCUCCCCUUCCCCCCUCCCCUUCCCCCCUCCCCUUCCCCCCUCCCCUUCCCCCCUCCCCUUCUCCCCUCCCUUCCCCCUCCCCUUUCCCCCCUCGCUCCCCCCUCCCCGCGCGGCGCACCUUUUCGGGCGGCACGCAGUCAAAGACGUACACCUCGCCGUGCGGCGGCUGGAGGUGGUGCGGGUGCACGUGGGCCAGGGCGGCGGGGUAGUGCGGUUGGAACGGCAGCGACGCGGCGUGCAUGCCGCGCGCCUGCAGGUCCAGCAUCAUGUGGUGCUCCGCCAUGCACGCCCGCGCGACGACGGCGCGCGUACCUAGCUGCUACAGGCGCGGAGAGUUGUGGCAAGGCUGACCAGAACGCGAUGCGUGACGCGCUCACGUUCUUAUUCAAUGUGUUCCGUUCGUUCGCAAGUUUUAAUCGCAAAUACACUGGCGCGGCGAACGACAGAGCGCGAUACCUCGGAACGCGAAGACGACGUGCGAUGGCAGCGCAGCCGGCACAGCCGGAGGAGUGGGCGGCGGUGGAGCAACAACCGGAAGUGUCGCGGUCCGUCAUCACCUCGGCGAUCGACCGGCUGAUUGAGCAGGGCAAGGAGACGGUAACUAUAGUGGCGGUGGGGAAGGGCAGCGUGGGCAAGAGCGCGACGCUCAACGCGCUGCUGGGGGACCGCCUCUUUCCCACGUCGGGCUUCCAGGCCUCCGCGCAUUUGCGUGAGGCCGUGCGCCAAUACGGCGGCGCCACGUUGCACGUCAUCGACACUCCCGGGCUCGUCGACGCCGGCACCGUCAACCGCGCCGCGCUCGACGCCAUCCUGCAAGCGCUGGUGGGGCGGAGUGUGGACGUGCUGCUAUAUGUGGAUCGCCUGGACGCGUACCGCGUGGACACCAUCGACGCGCUCGUCGCGCAGGGCAUCUCCAACGCCUUCGGGCCCCAGGUCUGGAAGCGCGCGGUGGUGGUGUUGACGCGCGCGCAGCUGUCGCCGUCGGACGGGCGCGCCUUCAGCGACUUCGUGGCGGCACGCAGCGACGCGCUGCUGGCCAUGAUCCGCAAGCAGGGCCGCCUGGGGAGGAACGAUGAGGUGCCAGUGGCGCUAGUGGAGGGCAUGGAGGGGCGCUGUCGAACCAACGACGACGGCGAGAAGAUCCUACCGGACGGCCGCGCGUGGUUCCCAUGUCUGGUGGAGGCGGUGGUGGCGGUGGCGCUGAGGAGGCAGCCGGUGGUGCGCGUGGACGAGCGCAUGGCGAGGGGCUUCAACCCCAACCGCGCCGGCAAGCUGCUCAUCCCCUUCCUCCUCGCCCUGCAGGUGGUGCUGGUGGCGCUGCCAUUGAGGCGAGCCAUGGAGUGGGACAAGGCUGAGGAGAAGCGGCACCGGCCGCGGUGGGAGGAGGAGGCGGAGGACUACCGCCGCUCCACCGCUGCUGCUGUCGCCCGCCGCCGCAUCGCCGCCUUCCAGCAGCAACAGGGCAAGGCCAACCCCAAGUGA